AUGUCUUUGUUUAAGUCCUUAGCCGUGGCUUGCACUAUAGCGGCCACAAGUGCCACUCCGAUCUCCCCGUCUAGAGUUAGAACUGCAGCCGAUGAAGCCCAAUCCGCCUUUCCCAUAGGUGAUGCUUGUGCCCAUGAGUGGCAAUCCCUUCACUUCAACCCUGACGAUGAAACGCACAAGGGGCGUCUCCAGAAGCUGCAUGAUGUGAUUUGCAGUGGCGAAAUGCGUGCUAUUUCGUCUUGGGGAGGAAAGGCUGCCACAGACAAAGCUGAAGUGUUUAAGCUGUCCUUCGACCUCGAAGAAGAGACCCCUGAGAAGGUGAAUGACGUUCUGAAGAAGAUCUACGGAAACGAUAGCAAUGACGGCGCUAUUGGAGAGAUUGUUGGAACAAUGAUUGUUGAUAACAACGAUUUUGGCAAUGAAGACGACGGUAGUUGCACGGUUAAGGGUACGCAGGGAUACACUUUGAAAGAUGGAGGAGACGGACUCGAGAAGAUUCAUUUCGGCGAUGGUGUCUUCGACAUGCCGCUAGCAGGCAACGUCGAUUGCGGUUCUCUCGAUAAGUAUCCAAGCGAAAAGAUGGACACUUUCUCUCGCGUUGUGUUGCACGAGAUGUUGCACUACAGUACUGUUGGCCUGCAGUCUCAGCUUGGUGACCAACUUGUUGAUCAGAAGAAGAACGAUGGAAACUACGCAUACGGCCAUGCGCGUGCGCAUGGCCUCCAGGAUCCAGGUCAAGACGACCAACCAGGCAAAUCAGAGAUCAACGCAGACAACUUCGCAUACAUGGCGCUCAGCACCUGGGUUGGUUAUUUCUGUCUGCCAGAGGAUAAGAAGGACCAGUACGGCACCUACUUCCCAGAUGCACCCCCGCACUAGGCUUAAGCUACGGUGCAUAAAGAGCUACUGCAGUUACAAGUUAACUGUAUGAUCAAGUCAAGAUAUAGUUAUGCAGAAUUUUUUCAU